AUGGCCCUGAAACGUUCAGCGCGCGGCGCGGCUCGCCGACCCUCUUUUGGCACGGCCCAAUUCAGGUCGGCAGAGACCCGCAGCGCGCGCGGGACGACGCGGACGCGGGAGGCGACGUUCGCGGGCGACGCGGACGACGAGAGCAGCGCGAAGAGGAAGGAAGAGGAGACCGCCGCGAUGUCGCACGCCCUGACCGUCCCUCUCCGUCCUCCGCCUCGCUUCGCUCGCUCCCAACUCGCUCCACCCCGCAGGCGCUACGACCGCAUGUGGCGCGAGUGCAUGACGACGCUCGCGACGCUGGAACCGCCGCCGCUGCGACGCCCGGACCCGAAGGCGCCCGCGCCCGAGGACCCCGCGCUCGCGAUCCCGGAACCGCCCCCGGACGCGAGGACGCGCGAGGACUACCACGCGCUCUACGUCGAGUACCUGAAGCUGUUCCGCGACCUCGAGGAGACGUACGACGGGAUGUGCCACCCGCAGAAGCGCGAUGCGGUGCGCGCGGCGCUCGAGGCGACGUUAGGUCGCGUGAUCGAGCUCAGGCGCGUUCUAUACACUGGUCCCCAUACGACCCCGUCGGCGUGGGAGUGGAUCGUCAAGUUGAACGACGACCUCGACGCGGUGAACUUGGAGGAGACGCUGAUAAACCUGAGACUCGGGCCGGACGCGCUCGAGGUGCCGAUCCCGCGGUACUUCGUCGGCGACCGCGAGCGCGAGCUGAGCGACCGCGCGACGUUCCUGGAGUCGCUGCUCGAGAAGCGCGGGAGAGCGGCGAUCGAUUGGGACGCGCCGCCGGCGAAAGCGUCAUUCGGCGCGGCGGCGGAAAGGGAGGAGGACGCGUCGACGAGAGAGCCGACGGAGGAGGAGGAGGCCGCGAGAGCGGCCGAGGAGGCGGAGCGACUCGAGCGCGAGUCCGAGCUCGAGAUGCGCGCGGCGGCGUUGGUCGCGUCGAGAACCGUGGAGGAGAACACGGCGAAGAUUCAGGCGCGUUCUAUCUCACACUGGUCCCCGUACGACCCCGUCGGCGCGGCUUACGUCCGCGGGUUUCUGACGCGGCGACACGUGCGGCGGAUGCGAGAGGCGGAGUUGAUAUUCCUCGGCAUGCUGCCGCCGCCGAAGCCGCCGCCGGAGGAAGACCUUUAUUUGAUCGACGCCGCGAACCGAGAGCGGCGCAGAGCGAUCAAAGAGAAGAACCUCGAGGAGCUCGACGAGGCGAUGGUGACGCUGAAGGACCGCGUCAGAGAGCUGGUCGGCCAAGAGAUGCGCGACCACAUAUCCGGGAAGAUCAACGAGUGGUUCGUGGAGAACCGCGACGCGAAGACGGGGGAUUACCCGGACUUCCCGAAGGUGGCGGACGGCGGCAGCCGCGACAUCUUGAACCCGCCGCCGAAGCCGGAGCCCGUCCCGGUGUUGACCCCGGAGGAGGAAAAAAAGAAAAAGGCGGAGGAUGAAAAGAAAAAGAAGGAGGCUGAGAAGAAGAAGAAGGAGGCGGAGAAGAAGGCUGCGGAGAAGGAGAAAAAAAAGGAGGAAGCGAAGAAGAAGGGCAUCAAGUGGGAGGACCCGGACGAUAUAAAGCCGCCGCCGCGGUGCGCGGACGCGUUCGUGACCGCCGUCCACGCCGCCGCCGCGGCGUACGACGCGGAGUGGCGAGGGAAGAGCGGCGAGGACGACGACGAGACAAACUUUGAUCAAAAGUUUGAGCAGUCGCUCGUGCUCGCGCGGCUGAAACCGGUCGUCUUCGAGGAGAUUCGCGCGGAGGUGGACGAAGAGAUGCGCGCGCUGCUCGAAAAUUUGAAAGAGCUCGUCGCCGCGGAGAAGGCGGCCAAGGCGGGGGGGAAGGGCGGGAAGAAGGGCAAGGGCAAGGGCAAGGGCGGCAAGAAGGGCGGCGGCGGCGGUGAGACUGCUUUCCAUACGACCCCGUUCGCGUGGUGCACGCCGUUCCUUAAGGACUUUUCCCGUCGUCACUCUUCACCCGCGUUUCCCUUUCAACGUUUGACCGGCAAGAAAAAGGGUGGCAAAAAAGCCGGCGGCGGCGGCAAGGGGGGCAAGAAGGGCAAGGGCAAGAAGGACCCCACCGCGGACCGCACGCUCGAGUCUCUGUUCGCCGAGCUCGUGGAGUGCGGCAUCGUCCAGAAGACGCAUCCGGGGUUCGUCAUGGACGCGUACGUCGGCGACCCCAUAUCCUUUUGCGCCUCCGCGCUCGAACGCGCCGGCGGAAAUCGCGCCGAUUGCUCGCACGCGCAAGUCCGCGAGUCGCUGACGACGUGCGGGGUGUUGCCCAUCGGGUGCUCGAGCGAGACACACGCGAAGCUGCCGAGCCACGUGAGGGCGAUUCUUCUCGCGGGGCAUCCGGGGUCGGGGAAGACGCUGCUGACGCACGCGGUUGCCAACGGCGCGGGCGCGACGUUUUUCAACGUCUCCCCGAGGAACACGGACGACGUCUACGCGGGGAAGCAGAGCUCCGUGAUGCUUCACACGGUGUUUAAGGUGGCGAAGAUGACGGCGCCGAGCGUGAUUUAUAUCGACGAGGUCGAGAAGGUGUUUUGCACGGACAAGAAGCUGUCGAAGACGUGGGGGCUGAGGGAGAGCGCGGGGCGGAUCAAAAAAGAUCUUCUCAAGGAGGUCAAGGCGCUCAAGCCGGGCGACAGGGUCGUCGUGAUCGGGAACGCGCGCGAGCCGUGGACGUGCGCGAAGAAGGAUCACAAGGCGUUCUGCGGCUUCUUCGACAAGAUAUUUGUCUCCCCCGCGCCAGAGUACGGCGCCAGACGCGCCGUGUGGACCGCGCUCAUCGCUCGACGCGGGAACGGCUCGACGACGCCUCCCGACUUCGCCAUGUCAACGCUCGCGCACCUCAGCGAGGGACACACCCCGGGGACGAUGGACGCGGUCGUUCGAGAGGUGCUGACGGAGAAGCGGAUCGAAGAGGCCAACCGCCUGCCGUUCGCCGCGGCGAAGCCUCUGACGGCGGAUGAGUUUUUGAUCGCGCUGGCGGAGCGAGAGCCCGCGGCGGACGCGGAGGCGUCGGGAGCGUUGAGGGAUUGGGUGGAGGCGCUCCCGGCGCGCGUCGCGCUCAUCCCGGAGCCGGAGCCGGAGCAGGACGCGAAGAAGAAGUGA